UUUUUAUUUUCAUCUUUUUCAUCUUAAUCUUUUCCAAGAAAAAUGGCAUUUCAACUUGUGCAAAAUCUUUUUGAUAAUGUUAAUAAAUAUUUUAAUUAUAAACAAUAUUCUACAGAUACAAAUUAUGAUGUCAUUUUACAUGUUGGUGAAGAACAAGAUUAUAAAAAAUUUUAUGCUCAUUCGGCAACUUUAAAAGUUAAGAGUAAAUAUUUUGAAAGUGCAUUAUCGAGUAGGUGGAUUAAUAAAGAAGAUGAUUAUUAUAUCUUACGUAUUCCAAACAUAUCUCCUAAAGUCUUUGAAAUAAUUCUUAGAUUCAUGUACACAGAUACAAUUUUAACUGAUAAAUCAAAUCCUUUUUUACUUUUCGAUGUACUUUUAGCAGCUGAUAAACUUUGUCUUGAAAAAUUAAUUGAUUAUACACAAAUCCUCAUUACGGAUCCCACAAAUUAUACCAAUUUUCUUCUUGAUAAUUUGCUUGAAAUGUGCAAUAUUAUAAGUCUUUUCCCUCACUUUCGAAUUCUUCAAAGACAUAUCACGAUACUUGUUAGAAAUUAUUCAACACGGAUAUUUAAUUCUCAAUAUUUUAUUGAAUUACCCGAAAAUAUUGUAAUAUCAUGUUUAGAAAAUGAUAAUUUAAACCUUUAUGAAAUUGAUAUUUGGAACAAUGUUUUAGAUUGGGGAAUUAAACAAAUUUCAAAAAAAUUAGAUAAGCAUAAAUUGGAAAAUUGGUCAACAGAAGAUUUUAUGGAACUUGAAGAGAAAUUAAAGAAAUGUAUUCCAUUGAUAAGAUUUCAUCAUAUUAAUUCAAAAGAUUUUUAUAAUGCGGUUGUUCCUUUUCAACCUAUUAUACCAGGACGUAUCUUUAAUGGAGUUUUAAAAUAUCAUUUAACAAAUGAAAUAUUGACACCUUUUUAUAGUGUUAGACGUCCUAAUUUACGUGAAAGUGAAGCUUCAUUAGAGAAUAAGACGACAAUGUUAUUAAAUUUUUUAGAAAGUGAUAAAUAUCUUGGGUAUUUAUGUUCAAUAAUUUGUGAAAAGAAAUUUCAUGGUUAUUUUAAAUUUAUAAUAUUUUUAUUUUUGUGUAUACUUUAUUUUUGGCUAACUGCAUUCGUGAUACAUAUAAUCAUGUGGUUGAUAAUGAUAUACACUAUGCAUGCCACUGUUAGAAAAUUUAUUGAUUAUUUACAUAUUGAGAAUAGAUAUUUAUGAAAGAGAAGUCGUG